CGUGGCUGCUGCUGGCGCGGUCUCGGGGGCGCUAUGGGGGCGGAGCAGGGGCCUAGGGGCGCCCGCCUGAGGCAGCCUAGAACCUGAAGGGUAGGAUCCUGAAGGCCAGCUGCACCAGUGAACUCAGAAUGACAGGGGAGAAGUUGCCCUGGUUGCCAAACAAUUUUCCUGCUCUGCAUGUUCAAUAAGAGGGAAUUAUGGAGGACAAACGCAACAUCCCGAUCAUCGAGUGGGAGCAUCUGGACAAGAAGAAGUUCUAUGUGUUCGGUAUCUGCAUGACCAUGAUGAUCCGGGUGAGCGUUUACCCCUUCACGCUCAUCCGAACGCGGCUGCAGGUCCAGAAGGGCAAGAGCCUCUACAAUGGGACCUUCGAUGCCUUUGUGAAGAUAUUACGGGCGGAAGGGGCAGCUGGGCUGUACCGAGGCUUCUUGGUCAACACCUUCACCCUGAUUUCAGGCCAGUGCUACGUGACCACCUAUGAGCUCACCCGCAAGUACGUCUCCAAGUACAACAACAGCAAUGUCGUCAAGUCGCUGGUGGCCGGCGGCUCAGCCUCCCUGGUGGCGCAGAGCAUCACGGUGCCCAUAGAUGUCGUUUCCCAGCACCUCAUGAUGCAGCGCAAGGGUGAAAGCAUGGGCAGGUUCAAAGUGCGGUACCAAAACUGCAAACGUAACGUGGUCUUCGGCCAGACCAAGGACAUCCUUGUACAGAUCUUCAACGCCGACGGACUGAGAGGCUUCUACAGGGGCUACGUGGCCUCUCUGCUCACCUAUAUUCCCAACAGUGCGGUAUGGUGGCCUUUCUACCACUUCUAUGCAGAACAGCUUUCUCGCCUGACACCUAAAGACUGUCCACACCUCCUCCUCCAAGCUGUAUCUGGGCCACUAGCAGCUGCAACGGCUUCCACUCUGACCAACCCCAUGGACGUCAUCAGGGCUCGCGUGCAGGUGGAAGGCAAGAGCUCCAUCAUUCUUACUUUCAAGCAACUAAUGGCAGAGGAAGGCCCAUGGGGCCUCACUAAAGGCCUCUCCGCCCGUAUCAUAUCGGCCACUCCUUCCACUAUCGUCAUAGUGGUGGGGUAUGAAACGCUGAAGAAGCUGAGCCUCCGCCCAGAGCUUGUGGACUCUAGACACUGGUAGCAAACAAUAACUGAAUUGAGUGACCUGGAAUACAUCCCCUCAUGCAGAGCAGACACCAUGCUAUAGCUGCCAGACACUGAUCCUGAACGAGUGGAAAAGCACUGACCAAAUGGCCAGAAUCUCCUCUCUGAAGUCCAUACAGGUGGCUGUCACUGAAGUCUGUGGAUUUGGGGGCAGAAUCUGGCCAUAAAUGAUUAAAUGUAGCACAAUACAAUUUUUUAAAAAUAAAACAGCAGAGGCUUCAAACAGCACACAGAGGCUGGUAAUGCCACUACAUGCUUCCGCAAUUGAAAAGAGCUGGAUUCGUCAAAUGACCCAUUUCACACUUGAGCCAGUAUGACAAACCAACUCAAAGCAGCAUAUUCAACAAACAGCGCUCUGAUUUUUUUGAUUUUUUUUUGUUCUUGUUGAAAGAUAUUUGUGUUUGAAAUCUGCUCAUUCCAUAAUAGUGGCUUCUACAGUGAAGGUUAUAAUCCUGUCUUUCGAGACUGGAAUGUUCACUUGCAUAGUAUCCAUGUCUUGAUCUGUAGAAGGAAAUGGGACAUGGGUUGUACGAGGAUCCUUUUUUUUUUUUAAAAAAACAUCAAAGUAUCUGACAAUUUCUAACAAGUGAGAGGGUAGGGUUUUUGGGGGUGGGGCACGAUCUUAAUGAGUUUAUGUAUCUAAGGAACACUGUCAAAUAAACCUAGUCAAUUGAAAAAGAACUGAAAGUAGGCUGUAGCUAUGGCUACCCUACAAGGCUUUUAGUGACAUGGCUGUCCAAGAGCCAUGCCGCUAAAAGGCACGUAGUGUAGCUGCUGUUUGUCAGCAGGGGGGAGCUCUACUGCUGAGAGAGUGCUGUUCGUACCGGCACUUUUCAUUGGUAAAACUUUUGUCAUUCGGCAGGGUGUUGUUUUUUUUUUUAACACCACGAACAACAAAAGUUUUGCUGAUGACGUGCCAGUGUAGACAAACCCUUGGGUUCUGCAUUUGCCUGUGGGGUCCCCCUGACAAUUUUUGUGCUUUCACAACACUUUCCUAUUUUUUAAAAACAUUGCUUUCACAGUGCAACAGGAGAGAUUAUCACAAAUGAAGAAAGUGAUGGUAGUUGAACAAUGAAAAUGAUUAUGUGCAAAGUGUCAAAUUUAAAUAUAUUGUGCAAGGUUAAACAUUCUGGAAAAACAUAGCCUGAGGCAUGUGGUACUUGAAACCGCAGUCUCUUCUGAAACUGGCUAGAUAGCAAGUUAAGUGUCCCUUCAGACAGAUGUGCAGUUCAGCUAGUCUGGAUUUAACUUUUACAAGUGGUGCAGCUUUGUGCCUACAUUUUUUCUGCAGGAAUCUGUUUUCCUUCUGUUUUUCUGCACGAACCUGGCAUCUCCAGCCAUCUGUUUUGUGCCUAGUUUGGAUUAUUCCUCUUCUCCACGUAGUUCAGAUGUAAUUGAUCACUUUCAUUAAACCAUCAAGCCUCAGUAUAGCCAAUCAGUCCUUAAGAUCUGAAUCAGGGGGAGGUUUCCACUGGAGGGGAUGUCACAACAAAAUGAUAGUACAUUGUACUAAUCAGCUUAUAGUGGCUAAAAUGUGUAUCUUUUCUGGCAGAUAAAGCAUUUCAAACCCUUUGUGGGUAUAUUCAUUUGGCCUGGUUUUUCUGCUCAAGGGCAUUUAUCAGCUGUGGAGUGACUAUGUUAAUCUCUGCUGUGACACCUUGUGGUAGUACAGUAUUUCCAUUGAAUUUUGCUCAUCUGUUACCAUAUUGUCAUUUAUUGUUGAUGUCCCCACCCCCAGCCUUUCUGAUAUGCUGCUGGUUUUUAUGUACAGUAGAUGAUCAUCUCAUCAGUAAACUGAUGAGUGGGUAUAAUUGUUUCCUGAUGACAUCCAUGCAUGUGUUUAUCCCAAGUGCAAACCCCUCUAGAUAACUGAGUAUUUUGAAGUUUUGCCACUCUCUCAGGCCCAAUCUUAAUUUUUAUUAUAUAUAGUGGUGUGAUCUGAACUUUCCCAUACCUACAUGCCAGUCUGCAAGAAGAAAUCUAGGAAUGGAACAUUGUAGGGCUUCCAUUGUAUUAGAGGAACUGAUGUGCUGGAAUAAAGGGGGUCCCAACACAAUACAAUCUUUGAAUGAGUUUGGGAAGUUUGAAAGCCAUGAUGUUGGAAUCUGACUGCCUACGUCUGUCGCAGUGGGAGUACAGAAUGAUACGACUCGGUGCCUGCUCUAAAAUAUGAUGCUGGGUGAAUGUAUUGUUUAUGUUUAACAGGUUUCACUGUUGCACUGUAAUAUGUCUUUGUGUAAUUAAAGUUUUUAUUAUUUA